AUGAGCGCUGACGAAAAGCCUGACAGUACCCUUCAAAAAGAAGAUUGGGAGCGCAUAAAAAGCAACGUAUCGUCUGCCAUUGAUGUACUCAAUACUGGUACUGUUUUUCCGACCUUCCAAGCCCUGUUUGCAGUUAAUUUGGUGCGUGGCCAGCGACUGCUGGUCAAUGCUAUCUUGCAAAAAUCAUUGAGAGGCGGCAAUAAUGAGGCUUUGGCGGCGGUGGCGAGCUUGAUAAACUCACAAAUUUCAUCUGCUGGAUUGCUUUUGGUGGAAGAAACCACGUUGCGGUUCUUGUCUUCGUUUGAAAGAAAUGACGCUGCAGGAUGCUAUUCCAUGGCCAGUCUCAUUUCACAACUCUUCAACUACGAUGUGGCACACGAAAUCGUUGUGUUGCAAGUUCUUCAUGUGAUUAUGGAGCACCCUAAUUCGCACUCCAUCAGGUUAGCUAUAGAGGUGUUGCGUCAAUGUGGAAGAGAACUUUCGGCGGUAGCUAAAACGGCUCACGACCUUGUUUAUGAGAGUAUCAGAACGCACGUUCAGGAUAAUAAUGCUGACAAAAAUAUGCGCAAGGAGUUUGACAUGCUCUUCGAGCUACGCAAACGGGAUUACCAUACUGCCGUCAAGAAAAUACGAUUGCCUCGACAUGAACCACUUAUACACACAUUUUUAAUAGAUUUCGAUGGCAAUCUAUUACAACCCAAUGAAAACCUAGAUGAGUUCAUUUACGAUCAAGAUUUUUCCGCCAAAGAGGACGAAUUCGAAGCUAUCAAACUGAAUCAAGCUUUUUAUGAGGAGAAGCCUAUUGAAAAGACGAACAUCACAAACUUCAACGAUAAAACACAAAGUCAGGAACUGGAGUUUAAAAAGAAAGUUUAUCUGACCUUAAAGGGGUCACUUUCUGGUGACGAAGCGGCCCAUAAGUUAUUGAAGCUGAGAAUCCCAGAUGAUGAGAAAAGCGUUGUUGCAGAGACUCUUAUAAUGGCAUGCUCACAAGAAACAACGUACUCUAAAUUCUACGGUAUUACUGCGGAAAGGUUAUGUUCAAGCCAUCAAAGUUGGAAAAGUGCGUUUAGUCAAAAUUUCGAGAAAAAUUACAAUGAGGUUGACGGAUACAACGCAACUCAAGUACGAAAUAUGGGGAAACUAUGGGGCCACAUUUUGGCUUCGGACUAUGUUGGCUUGGAAGUAUUCAAAACUGUUCACAUGAAUGUCGACGAGACAACAUCGGCAGGUAGAGUAUAUUUGAAAUUUUUGUUUCAAGAAUUGGUGCUUGAUUUAGGCGUUCAAGAGCUGAAAAAACGGCUUGAUGAACCAUAUAUCCUUCCAUAUCUGGUCAAUAUGUUCCCGCUUCAUGACAUCGACAGUACUAGAUUCUCUAUCAAUUUCUUCACUGCCAUUGGACUAGGGCCAUUGACAGACAAAAUGCGGCAGGCGCUUGAAAGUGAGAAACUAGCAAUUCAAGAAAAUGAAAAUGAUGAGGAAGUGAAUGAACACAAAGACGAGGAGGAUGUUGUGAAACUUGAAGAGGAUCAAACCUCAAGGACCUGGGAGAAAUUUAAUCGGGCUCGCAGGUCGAAGACAGCAAGUGCUGAAACUCCGACGAGGCGGCGCUCAAGAACCCCAACGCGACGCAGAUCAAGGACACCAACAAGACGAAGAUCAAGAACGCCCAUAAGACGAAGAUCUCGGACUCCCUCCCGAAGAUCGCGAUCACCGCAGGUAAAACAAUCUUUUCCAUCUACCCAUCCCUCUACAUAA